AUGGCUGGACUGGAGUCGCGUGUGAGCGUUGCACUUAGCACCGCUGGUGGUGCGGAGCGUAGCGAGCGGGGCUCAGACCUGGUGGCGGUGCGCGGAGACCUUGACCGUCAGUGGGAGGAACUGUCCAAAGGCCUUGCCGCCGCAGUGACUGAGACUGAAGCACGAGCCCAGAAGGAUAAGCGCGAGCUUUUGGAUGCCUUGGCAGCUGUUUGUUCAGACAUUGAAGCCUUGAGGCGGGCAGGGCAUGAGUACCCUUCCUUCGACCAAAUCAUGGAAAAUUGCAGAGAUUUGCAGGAGCCAUUGCAGCAGAGCAGCUCAUCCAUGAGAAGUGAGUUUGGCAGGAUCUCCAGCGAAGUUCAUGAACUCCAACUUCAGCAGGCCCGGCUCCGAGGCAAUCUGGAGCAGUCUCUGAGGGAUGAGUUGCAAAGCUUCGUAGUGGAUGAGCUCCAGGUGAGGCGCCUCAAUGAGCUGGAGGUGUUGCAGGCGGAGGAUAGUCGCCAUCGGGCAGACAUUGAUGCUUUGCGAGACAAGCAGAAUGUUGUCCUGGAGGCGAUGCGCCAGGAGGAAGCCAUGAAACGGGAAGCAUCUGAAACAAAAUGCUUUUGCGAGCUUCAGGCCGUAAAGCAACAGUUGGCCAACACUUUAGAGGUGAUCUGCAACGUGCCACCGGUGCCGCAGAUCUCGGCACCAGACAGCGAAGCGGUGUUCGAGCGGCUGCUGCAAGACCUCCGCGAAGAGUGUGGUGUUUUGGGUGAAAGGCUUGGUGAGGACGUGGCUCAGCUGCGUGCACAGCUAGCCCAAGGUAUUGGAGAGGUGCGCACUGCACAAGUGAAGCACCAAGGCGACUUUCAGAUCCUACGAAGCACCUGGGACAGCCGAUGGGAAGAACUCCAGGCGUUAAAGGAAGAGGUGAUGGUGAAGCCUGAGGUUGAAGAUAGCGAAGCUCAGCCAGCGGUCUACACAGGACCUAGUGUGGAGGACUUCCAGGCCAUCCAGCAAAAGCAUGAGAGCUAUGCUACUGAAAUGAAGCACAGGCUAUCGAUGCAGAAUCGCGAUAUCGAGGAUUUGCAACGUCAAGUGCUUGACAGCCUCCGCGACCUUGGAGCUGUGAAGCGCUUGUCCUCGGAGGUGGAGGGAAUCCGGCAGGAGCGUCAGCGAGACCGACAAGACCUUGCCGGGUUGCUGGACAUUGCACACCGUGAUGCAGGAGAGUGGAGCAUCUUCAAGGCUUUUGGCUGCAAAGCCGAGAAGGCUCCUGAUCGUCCGAGCGAGGACCCACUGGAGCGCCAGGUGUGCCAACAGCCAUCCAAUAUGGCAACCAUGGAGGACGCUGCCAUUCUGAUCACCAUUAAAACCAGUCAAAGGUGCUAA